AUGGGCCGCCCAACUGCUGCAGAGUCCAACAACGAGAGCCUCAGCGUGCGCGAUAACCGCACGGGCAAGACAUACACCAUACCAAUCACCAACAAUACAAUAUCGGCGACCGCGUUCAAGGCGCUUGCGGCCGCUCCUAAACCUGGUGAACGGGAGGAGAACGAAACUGAGAAGGGCCUCCGAGUAUCGGACAAGGGAUUUCUGAAUACGGCUGUCAUUCAGAGCCAAAUCACUUAUAUUGAUGGAGAGGCAGGAGGUAUAGGAUACCCGAUCGAGCAGCUAGCCCUGCACUCGUCUCACCUCGAGACCGCAUACCUCCUCAUCUAUGGCUCCCUGCCCAGCAAGGAGCAGUUCAAGACGUUUGAACGCGAAACCAUGCACCACAGCAUCGUGCACGCAGAUGCAGAAGGGUUCUUUCGUUCUUUCCGCUACGACGCACACCCGAUGGCCAUUUUGACGAGCGCUUUCGCGUAUUUGGGAUCCUACUACAGCGAGGCGAACCCGUCGUUGCAAGGCCAAACGCUGUUCACAAAGGGUAACCCAGCAUCGCUCGCGAAUAUGGACAAGCAGAUAUACCGAUUAAUUGGGAAGGCCACGACCUUGGCCGCGAUGGCCUAUCGCGUCCGACAAGGACGUGAAUUCGUCACGCCUCCCACAGGCCUUAGCUACACUGGCUCUUUCCUAUACCAGAUGGAUCACCUCGGACAACAAGACUACAAACCGUCGCCUGUACUCGAGAAGGCACUCGAUGUCCUCUUCCUGCUUCAUGCGGAUCAUGAACUGAACGCGUCGUGCACAACGGUUCUCCAGACUGGGAGUUCUUUGGUAGAUCCGUACUCUGCUAUCGCCGCUGGCUGUGCCUCGCUAUACGGUCCUCUUCACGGAGGUGCGAACGAGGCUGUAAUUCGUAUGCUCAUUUCUGUCGGCAGUCCGGAUAAUGUCCCCGCAUUUAUCGAGGCGGUCAAGCGGAGAGAGAAAGUGUUGUCUGGCUUUGGCCACCGUGUAUACAAGACAUCUGACCCUCGGUCAUUCGUUAUUCGAAAAAUCGCCGAUGAAGUAUUUGCAGUGACUGGCAAGGAUGAACUACUGGACACAGCCAUGGCUCUGCACGAUGCUGCGCUGAAAGAUGACUUUUUUGUCAAGCGCAGGCUGGCCCCCAACGUCGACUUUUGGAGUGGCCUGAUCUAUCGCGCCAUGGGCUUCCCUCUUGACUUCUUUCCCGUGCUGUUCGCAGUGCCUCGUGUGGUCGGCUGGCUUGCGCACUGGCGACAGAUGAUGUUGCAGGAGGGAGGCGUCAAGAUCUGGCGCCCACGACAGGUAUAUGUCGGAUCUGGCAAACGCGAUUACGUUCCCGUGGAGGAGCGAACACCAGUGGAAGGCGCUCGGGCAUCUCCCCGGCCAAUUCAGCACUCUGGAAUCACCAAGCGGACAAUGCUCGCCGCAAACAAAGGCAAGGCCAAGCUAUGAGCCCGUCAUUUUUGAAGGUCUCUGUUUUUGUACAUGCUCCUCCUUGGGAUGUGAUUGCGGGGAGUGCCCGUGUCUUGACUAGGUUUUGUAUGCUGUUGGGAUCGCAAUAUAUCGAUGAUGAUAACG